AUGUCCCAACCCAAUGUUCUUCCAGUUAAAUUCGAAGAAAUGUUUGAUAUCCUUAAGGGCGAUAUAGACGCAUUUAAUUCAUUAUAUCAGUUAAAGACGAACAAUGAAGAAGGGCUAAAUUCAAUUUACAAAGUUUUAAAAACGAUAUUGCUUGAAUCGAAGAUGUGUCUUCCGCAAUUCAUCUUAGAACGUAUAUCAAUAAUUGCCAAAUAUAAUAACCUCUACAUGAAGUCAUAUUUAUUUUUAGCUAAACAAAUUUAUGAUUAUUAUCAUCCAGAACGUAUCAGAAACAUCACACCUAUCUUUGACUAUCUAUUUUACAAAGAAUAUGGAAUAGUUUUAGAUGAACGUGAGAAAGAACGAUUCAGAUAUUUUGAACAAAAAAAUUAUACAUCAAAUGUUCACGAAGAAAACACUAUUUACAGAGCAAUAAUGGAAGAUGAUAAAAAAUCAUUUAUAUCUUUCACAGAAAGAAAAGGUUUUGACAAAGAUGAAGUUCUCUAUAGUUAUUUUUAUCCAAAUAAUACUUAUGAUGAGUAUCAUAAAAAUUCAUACACACUUCUUGAGCUUUGUUGUUAUUAUGGAUCAAUUGAUUGUUUCAAAUUUUUAAUUUCAGAAUAUAAAUCAAUAAUCACAUUGAAAUGUCUUCAGUUUUCAUUUUUAAGUGGAAACCCAGAAAUCAUGAGUGAAUGUUUGAAAUACCAAGAACCAAAUAGAAAUUGCAUGGAAUAUGCAAUUAUUUCACACAACAUCGAUUUUGUUACAUUCAUAAUGAAUGAGUACAAAAUAGAAAUCAAUUUGGAAUUAUGUGGAAAUUAUAAUAAUUUUCAUGCAUUUUUGGUUUAUUUGGAUCAUACUCAAGACAUUAACACCUGUAUUAUUUAUUCAACAAUGUUUAAUAAUGUUAAACUUUGUCAAUAUUUGAUUUCGCAUGGUGCAAAUGUAAAUGCUAAAGGUAACUCAUUAUGCAGCAAGAUUUAA